AUCGUCACAAUCUGACACGUUACCACAUCUCACCGAGAAGGCCGUCCUUGUCUCAGUCUUCGCGUUUGUUUAUAAACAUAUAGAGAGAUAAGAUCAAGAAAGAGUAGUUAGUAUUCGUCGCUCUGUAUAUUAUAAUCUUCCCAAACAAAGUUGGCGUUGCUCACCAACGACCUGAUUUCUCUACUUUAAGACAUAACUCGUGUUCGUUUCAUCUAGCAGAACAGAGUUAUAACGAGCUUUUCUUUGUUUGUCUUCGGGUUUUGAGGUGAAAAUGGAGAACAAGACCGAUCAUGGAAACGAAGAUGGUCCGAAACAUAGCCAAGUGGUGAAGAUAAAGAAAGAAUUUGAAAAGAUAAGGCAGCCAUCGCUGCAGCAACCGGAGAUGAGAAGGGUCCUCGCCGAGAUCAAGAGACGUCAACGUUCACGUUCACCACUCGGCUUAGGUGAGAGAUCUAUUCCCGUUGGGAACUGAUCUCACCUUUGUAACUUAGAGAGAUGUAUAUAAUACUAGUGGUUGACGAAGAACCUCCUUACGAGAGAGGUUCUUAAUACUUAGUGUCUUGCAGACUUUCUUGUGUAUAUGUCUUCAUGUAAAUACUCUUUGGUAUGAAUAUGAUCUAUGAAUCUCCCUUCUUUGCA